UGCGGUGGAUGUGGUUACUGUGGAGCGCUGCUUGCACGGUUGACAUCGCUAUGAGCGCGCCGUCGUAGCUUGGCAGAGGGUGGCUGCGUACAGCAUGGGCACCGGGGACUACAUCUGCGUGACCCUGCGUGGUGGCGCACCGUGGGGGUUCAGCCUAAGACAGGGAGAGGGGGAUAUUUACAGACCUAUACUCGCUUCCCAGGUGGAAGAUGGCAGUUGCGCCUACCUGGCUGGAGUCCAGGAGGAUGAUGAGGUGGUGUCGAUCAACGGAGAACCCUGCGCUGAUCUCACGCUUUUACAAGCUUUAGCACUCAUCGAAACAUCUACCAGCAUCCUGCAGUUACUUCUGAAAAGAUGCAAUUUCCUCCCCUCUGAAGACAGCGACUCAGAAGGGAUGUCCCUUGGUGAAAAGGUCUCUUCAGAUGAGAAUUUAAAAAGCACCACCCUCCACAUCAUUUCCCCAAAGUCUGAAACCCCAAGGGAGGUCUACAUAUCUGAUCCCCAAGGUAAGGUGCUCCAUCGGGAGUUGGACAGCGACACAGAAGCUCUCCCCAGAGGUAAAUUGUCAGAUGAUUUGGGAGGCCAUGAGCUGGUUUUUAAGCACAACAAGGAAGUGCAACAAUGCUGUACCCCAGGAGAGUUUGUGGAGCUUCAGGUGUCCCUGUCUGACCAAACCUUGGCGUAUGGGGGCUGCACCUCUCUCGGGAGUGCUCGAGGGAUUGAGGAGGACUUCUCAGCAAUCGAACCCGUUCACACCACCUCAUCCCACCAUGUGCAAUGCCCCGUUAGAGAGCCGCUCGGGCAGCAUGGCGUGGUGGUCCGCGCUCCCACUGUGGAGGACAUUUUGCAGCCGCCAGAUGCAUCAGGAACGGGGAGGAGCACUCUUAGCGUGGGUGGCCCCGAUGUCACCGAAAACAUUGGGUCACAAAGUGAAGAGGAGGAAGGAGGGGGACCCAGUCAGCCUGUUCCUGCGUCUUUCACUGUCUCAUUCGAAAUUCCAUCGGACGAGGCAACUCUAGCAGAAGAGCAAGAAGACUCCGAAUCAGAAGGGGAUCAAGAAAAACCCAACAAGCAUCGGGCAAAACACGCAAGGCUCAGACGUAACGAGAGUCUGUCAGAGAAACAGGUGAAGGAGGCCAAAUCCAAAUGUAAACGUAUUGCUCUCCUUCUGUCGGCCGCUCCUUCAAACCCCAAUAAUAAGGGGGUGUUGAUGUUCAAGAAACAUCGUCAGAGGGCCAAGAAAUACACGCUUGUAAGCUACGGCACAGGAGAGGACGAACCAGACUACAGUGACGAAGAAGACGAAGUGAACGGAGACGAUAAGCAAGAAAUCCCAGCUGGUGAAUUUAGCUUUGAAGCUGCUAUCGAUUGUGAAUCAAACGGGCCUUUUCUUUUGAAUGCUCCAGGUAGUAAAGGCGUGCUAACUUUUAAGUUAGGAAAGAGUCUUGUUGAAAUUAACAACAACUUGAACAACCAAGCUGAGAUGGAAUGUUUGCCUGAAACCAAAGGCAAGGGUGCAGCGAUGUUUGCUCAAAGGCGUCAGAGGAUGGAUGAGAUCACUGCUGAACAUGAGGAACUCCGGCGUCAAGGACUACCUGUGGAAGCAGUGCAAGAGUUGGAGAAGAAAGUAACGGAGCAGUCCUACAUCCAGUCCGCAACAGAGGGUCAUGGUUAUUUGGAUGUGAAUAUGCACCAACAAAACCAACAGCAGUACCAGCAAUAUCAGGAGCAACAGUAUUAUGAGCAACAGCAAAAUUACCAACAGCAGCAACAGUAUCAACAAUAUCAGCAGCAGCAGUAUGAGCAACAACAAUACAAGCAACAGCUACUGUAUAAGCAACAGCAACAAUAUCAAGAGCACCAGCAAAUGCAGCAGUAUUCUACAAAUAUCAAUGGUACAGUCCAGCAUCAAACUAAUGAAAUUCAGAGUUCUUACAACAAUCGUACUGCCAAACCUUUCACAACAGAAAACAUGGUGGCAACACCUUAUUCUCAUGGAGCAAGUGGGACCAAUCAAGAUUCUGUUGGCCAAGGAGAGCAGAUAGCUUCCCGUGAUGAGCGCAUUUCUACUCCUGCAAUUAGGACAGGCCUGCUGUCGGACUCUAGGAGAAAGACUACCGGCAAGCCUAUGUUUACUUUUAAAGAGGCCCCAAAAGUAUCACCUAACCCUGCAUUGCUGAACCUUCUCAAUAGAAGUGACAAAAAAGGUUUUGAGUAUGGUCCUGAAGAAGACUAUCUUAGCCUUGGAGCGGAAGCUUGCAAUUUCCUCCAGUCCCAAAGACUUAAACCUAAGAUUCCUCCACCAGUUGCACCAAAGCCUUUGAUCAACCCCAACUCUCCUCCUUGGUCUGCUCAGAUAGAAGCAGCCAACCAGGACAUGCCUCAGUGUUCUGAAAAUAGUCUGUCCACACCUGCUGCAGCCCCCACCACAGAAACUGCCCCUGCUCAAGAACUAGAGCCAACUCCUGCACCUGUCCCUGACCCCUCUACCCUUCCUACCCCUGAGGAAACCACUUCCAAUCCCACCCCAGCCGAGCAGCAUUCAUGGACUCUCCCUGAACCAGAGUCUCAACAGCAGCCUGCACAAGUGACAUCUCAAGAGACACAUGGCCAAGUCAUUUCUGCUCAGCAUUGUGAGUCCUCUCAAAUGGCCACCUGGGGUUCAGUACAGGUACAAGCACAUCAACAGUCAGCUGCUUGUUCAUGGCAAUCAGCCCAAGUGCAACCUCAGAACCCACCUCCAAGUCAGUCCCCACCACAGCCACCAUGGGUAACACAUCAGUCUACUCAAAGCCAAACGCAGAUUCAACUAAGCUCAAAUACUUGGACCCCUCAGGGGCAACCAUCUUGGACUCCGCAUGAAGAGCAAGCACAACCUCAGACAAACGCUCAACCAUCCUGGGCCCAGCCUCAAGAGCAGCUUCAGUCCCAUCCACAGGUUCAACCACCAUGGACUCUCAUGAAGGAGAAGCAACACUUGCAGCAAACACAGGCAUCCUGGAGUCAAGCCCAAGAACCAGUACAGACACAACCCCAGAAUCAAUGGAUGCAGCCUCCCCAUACAGACUCUCAACAGCAGCUGCCAUGGGCUCAACAACCUCAGCAAAAAUCUCAAGUACAGCCACCAUGGGUUCAACAAGUUCAGCCAGAAAUACAACCACAACCCCCUUGGGUUCAACAAGUUCAACCAGAAGCACAGCAACAACCAUCUUGGGGACAACAACAUCAUCAGGCAGUCCCACAAGCAUGGGCAAAUACCCAAGUUCCAGGUCAGCCUCAACCACCCUGGGUCUCAACUCCACCUCAACCUCAAUCUCAACCUCAACCUCCUGCCAAUCCAUGGGCACAAUCGCAAACACAAGCCCAAACUCAGCCACCAUGGAUGAAUGCAGCUCAGGUACAACCUCAAGCACAGGUUCAAGUUAAUCUGAAUCCAUGGGCACCAGUUCCUGCACAUACUCCAUCUCAGACAUCAUGGGCUCCACAACCUCCAGAACAUGGUGGUGAGCAACCUAUAAAUUCAUGGGCUCAGGACCAAAGUCAGGCCCAACAUCAGCCACCCUGGGCUCAAUCAGUUCCUUCACCGCCCACACCCCAGUCCAACUGGCAACAGUCCCUUUCAAAUACAUCUCAACAACCACAACUCAAUACAUGGCCAUCAGCUCAAGCCCAGCCCCCAACACCAGUUAAUGACUGGCGACCACAGCUACAGCAAUCAUCUUUGAAUGUUCCAUUGUCUACAGUAAACAGACAACCUUCUCCUAAACCAUGGCACCCACCGCAAAACCAGACUCCUCCCCCUCCACCACGGCGAAUGUUCUCUUAUGCUGUUGGUCAAAAAGCUGCAUCGCCUGUCAACCCAAUGGCCACUGUCUUGAAUCCUAAAUUGUCCCAGGGUCCAGCUUUUGAGAUGCCAGUGGUCAAAGGAAAAGGAGCUGACAUGUUUGCUAAGAGGCAAUCUCGCAUGGAGAAGUUUGUUGUGGAUUCUGAGACUGUGGAAGCCAACAAAGCAAGUCGUUCAACAUCGCCAGCUGCAUCCUUACCAAAUGAAUGGAAGUAUACACCUAAUGCAACUGGCAGGGGCUACACCCUUUCUCCACCAGCCAGGGUGCCAUUCACAGGCCAGAUUUCGGCGUCUGCUUCUUCCUCUCCCAAGCCUCCAACCCGAGCCUCCACCAACCUCCCGGUGAGGCAGACAUCCCGUUUGGACAAAGGCUUCAAACCCCUCACCCCCUGGGAAGCUGCCUCCCGCCAUCCCCUGGGUCUGGUAGACGAAGCCUUUGCUUUUCAAGAUCUGCAGCAUGCUCUUGCCUCAAAUGUCCACUUUGCUGCCCGGCGUAAAAUCCUACCUGAGCCACCUGUAGAGUGGAAAGGAAGAAUCUGUUACACAGCCCAACUGAAACCAGGCAGCCGGACUUGGAGCCAAAGCAGCAAUCAGGGCCGAGCUCCGAUUCCAUCGUUCGUGUCUCCAUCGAGGAGCCCUGCCUCCAGCCCAGUUGGCCUGCAAGGUUACAGGUCGCUGCCAAGGCAGUGGCAGCCUCAGAAGUACGUGGUCGAGGCUAAUCAGAGACACUCUGUGUCUUCAUCUGAGAGGCCAACAUACAUGUCUGCAUACCCCAGCAAUACCUGGAGCUGGAGGCGGUAGAAUACAGCCGAGACGUUUGGUAACGAGUGUCUCAUCCCAUAUCCUUUUCACCUCUGAACAAAACAAGCCAGUAGAUGAGAGAUUGUGUGACAGUUUUGCUUUCAAAACGAUAAUUUAAUGUUUCACUUAUUGUUUCAUCAAAUAAGUGACAAUGCAUGUUACAGUUAAAUGAAGAAAAAGGUGAUUAACACAACUAGCUUAUAUGAAUGUAAAUAAAGGGUGUCUGUAACAUUCAGUUGGAUUCUAACUAGACUGAGUCAGAGACUUCUACAACUAUUGGCACCUCCUGGUUAAGAUGUGCACAAAAUCCAUAAAAAACAUGGCUUUGUUCUCUUACUGUGAUCUUUGGAUGUUUUUUAACUCCCACAGCAUCGUCCACACUGUGCUUGGUAGCCAGAUGUAUCUGGGUGCUUUUCCAGCCUCGUUUUUCACAGUUUCAGUUCUUUUAAACUUGUCAAUCAUUACUCUUCCUGUAGAUGAGGGCAACUUUAAAUAAGAAGCUUUUUUCUUGAUCAUUUUUUAUUAUUAAGUACACAUCUAUCGUACUUGAAUGGCAUGUUCUCUUGUUUUUCCAAAGUUGAAGAGUAGUAAAGAGAAAGUGGGUACCCCGGGUUUUACAUAUACACUGCAGCAAAAGAAAGUGUUUGCUUUCCAAAUUCUUUUCAGGUUUGCUUUUCUGUCAUUUUAAUAUAUGAGACAACUGGAGUAAAUACAGUAAAGGCAAUUUUUAAAUACUAAUGUACAAGAUUCUGUAAAUUACAGAUGAAAAGUUCCUAGAUACUGAUCAACUUUUAAGAAAACUAAAUUAUACAUUAAGAAAAUGCUUCAGUUACAGUUCUUUUAUAAAUUAUUAGAUCUGCAGUGAACUAUUGUGCAGAUGAUUGUGUAAAAAAAAAAAAUAUAUAUAUAUAUAUAUAUAUAUAUAUAUUUGUGAGGCAAUUAAAGAUUAACUCAUUUUUCAAGCUUUUCCAUCUUUACCAGGAGGGGCAGUAAUAUCCAAGAAAUGUGUACCUUGUUGAAGGAAUGAGUAUGUUGGUUAGAAGAGAUGUAUGAGUGAGGAUGGACAUCCAUCAGCUACGUUCAGCUUUGGUAUAGAUGAUGAUUUGGACAAAUUGAUAUAAGCAUGAGAGAUUAGAAAAGAUGUCAAUAACUGUGUGUUGUCAGCAUAAUUAAAUAACCGCAACAGCUAAUUUUCGAUAUUUAUUGUUAGUCUUAACUUGUUCCACUUGAGUUUGGACAGGACAAAUUCAACAUUCUCUUGGGUCCAGAAAUGAUUAGUUAUUUCCACACUAAAGAAUGUAAAAUGAGGCAUAUUUUUUGUUUGUCACUUUAGAGAAAUGCACAACCAAAACAUAGUAAUGUCUGUACAUUAUUGGAAUUAUUUGUGACACUCAAAAACAAAACCGACCACAUGGAGCACAACACACAAUACAUUUGGAAAGGCACUACCAUGCUAUAUAAGGUCUUUUAAUUUCAGACUUUUCCUUCACCCUUAAGGAUCUGCUUACUCCUCUUCAGGGUUGCGGCUGGGUCUCCAAGCAUUCAGUAGGUGAGAGGAGGGGUACACCAAAGUUUGUCAGUCCAUCACUGAAUCCUCCACACAGUUUCUGUUUCUUGUUGGAUAUAUUUCACUGUCUAAAAACUUUUCUUAGAUGGAUCUUAAUCUCAAGAAAUUUAACACAUUUUGUGAAACAUAAAAUGCUUUCACAUUAAUUAUAUUAUGUGUUCAUGUAUUCCACAGUGUGUGUGUGUGCUUUUUUUCAUACAAAAUGUUUACUUGGCCAUCUUGGGAUGAAGGUCCAAUCCUUUAAACACAGUCUAUAAAUGUACAAUUGUGGUUUAAUAGGUAUUAGCAGAAUUACUCAGAUAAUAGGUUGGCUGCCUUACCGUUGGAGCAUGAGAGAAUGUACCUUCAUCAGUGCAGACAGAGUUUCUGCAUAGCGUAACAUGUAAGUAAUGUUAUUACUGAUUAAUUUUUGCAGCAUUCAUAUAAGUUCUUUUACAUGUUAGAUUUUUUUUAUAUCCAAGCUGCCAUGCUGCAUGGAGAUUAGAUUAUUAGAUUAGAUGUAUUACACUAUCUUAUGUGUAGAAAGGUGAAGCUGCAGGAUUAGAUUUUUUUUUCUUUUUUUGAAACAAGGUAAAUAUUCAAUGAUUUGUAAUUGAUGUUGUUAAUUACCCUAAUAUGCUUCAGUCUGCAAUGUGAGAUCAAACCUGAACAAAAGUGCAAGUAAGCCUGUAUGUCCAGGCUUACUUGCACUUAAUAAAUUACGAAUUAUGAAUUACGGCAAUUAAUAGCCGUAAUACUAUGAAUUACGGCUAUUAAUAGCCGUAAUUCAUAGUAUUGUUUGAUACAAACUUUACGCAAAGGCCCCAACUAAGAUUUCAACCAGUAAAUGAAGGAAUCCAUUUCAGCGAUGCUUUCUGUUUGAUGUUUUUGAGAAAAGACAUGAGGCUAAAAAGUAAGGAAAAUAAUCUAUAGCCCAUUUGGCUUUUUUUUUUCUUUAAAAAUUGUGUUGUAUUUUAUGCAUCUGCAACUCACCCCCAUUUUACUGUCAACCUUUUAUAUGUGUGGUCAUUCUUGAAGUGUUUAUACAUUUCCAAUUGGUCAUUUUGAUUAGUGUUUGAAACACAAAGCUUGAGGAGAAAGUGAAGAGUUGGCUAGAUUUCUCCACUGGUAGACAUCAUCAUGUCAUUUUGCGAUCAGGUAUGUGUUUGAAAUGAGACCUUGUAACUUGAGAAAAGGUUAGCACCACAAUUCGAUUCGCUGAAGGCAGAUAUGUCAAGUGACCUCCAAACGAGAAGAGGCCUUUUUCUUCAUUUUUUGGAGUGCUAUGCUUUAACAUGUGGCCAAAAUGGGCUUAAGAGGACUUAAUGACUGCCCGACUGUUUUCAUUAGUUAAUUGGAAAAAAUGAGUAAAGGCUCCUUUGGAGUUUGUAGCAAAUGGAAUAAAUCAACUACACUACUUCGAGAGGCAAUGGACUUUAAGCUGGCAUUAAGCGUUGGAUCAAAAACUUUGCUUAGAUAACAGGUUCACUGUGAAAAGGUUUUAUGAAAACUGUGUGCGGGGUGUGCUUUGUUAAAAAUUUGUAAUAAUCUCCAAAAAUUAAAGUGUGGUUCGUGUGUUUUCUGCAUAGGGUAAAUGUUGUUUUGACGUGAUUCUCUCUGGGCAAUGCCAGUAACAUGAGUAGGAUUUAUCUCACAGGUCAUUUGUUGUUUCCACUUGAUGUUUUGUUUAGCUAUAGUUUAUUUGAUUGGUGAUUUAUGCUACCUUCUUAUAAAGAUGUGUAAAAACCUCUAAAAUAUCUCUUCCUCUAUUGCGGUAACAAAAUUAAAGUUAAGUUUGGGUACUUUUAUUUAGCGGCGGAAACACAAAAUGUAAAAUAUAUAUACAUAUUUAAUCUUUUUUGACAAAAUCAGUCCUGUCACAGUAAUGUGUACCUUACUUUUUACACAUACAUGUUGAUUGGGGUGAGGUGCUAAUUUUUAAUUAGCAAUUCAGUUGGCAACUAUGGGAAAGUUUUUAUUAAAACUGUUUAUUUUAAGGGGUUUCGUGCACAUCUUUACCGUUUCCCAUUAUUGUGGGUGGGGAGGUUGUGAUAGCACAGGUUGCUUCCAAAUAAUAGCCAUAAUUCAUAGUGCUGUUUGAUACGGAAACAUUCUUUCCGAAGUGUUUUUUAACAAAAUAAACACAGCUAAGUAGCACUGCUUUUCAACCUGUAA